CCCUGAGUUUUAGGCUUGGAUCAGUGCUCUGCACACAGUAAGCGCUCAGUAAAUACGAUUGAUUGAUUGAUUGGAUCAUUAUUAUUAUUUAGCUCCUCUCUUCAGCCCUCCUCUGCUGCCUCCUCUUCUCACGUCCAUCCCAAAACCUCACCAGGCCGUACUUCUCAGGAGGACUGUCCCGUGCCGGGAAGGCCCCGUCCCCUCCAUUCGGCCUCCGGGUCUUCAGCCUCGGAUCGGCUACGUGACCGGACUCCUCCGAGGGGAAUCCUUGCGAAUCCUGCCUUCCUGCCGUCGUCCCCAUGGAGGCUUCCAAGAAGCUGGUGAAUUCGGUGCUUGGCUGCGCUGAUGAUGCCCUGGCCGGGCUGGUGGCCUGUAAUCCCGACCUCCAGAUCCUUCCCGGACACAGGGUGGCCUUGCGCUCCGACCUGGAGAGUCUGAAGGGCCGCGUGGCUCUGCUGUCCGGAGGAGGGUCGGGACACGAACCCGCCCAUGCAGGCUUCGUAGGGAAGGGGAUGCUGACCGGCGUCGUCGCUGGAGCCGUGUUCACCUCCCCGGCCGUGGGCAGCAUCUUGGCGGCGAUCCGGGCAGUGGCCCAGGCCGGCACGGCGGGGACUCUCCUCAUCGUGAAGAACUACACCGGAGACCGGCUCAACUUCGGGCUGGCCCUGGAGCAGGCCCGGUCCGAAGGCAUCGCCGUGGAGAUGGUCGUUGUCGGGGACGACAGCGCCUUCGCCGUCCAGAAGAAAGCGGGCCGGAGGGGUCUGUGCGGGACAGUGCUCAUCCACAAGGUGGCCGGGGCUCUAGCCGAGGCCGGCGUGGGGCUGGAAGAGAUUGCAAGGCAAGCGAGGGCAGCCGCGAGUGCCAUGGGAACCUUGGGUGUGAGCCUGUCUUCCUGCAGCGUGCCCGGCUCCAGGCCCACCUUCCAGCUUGGCCCCGAGGAGAUGGAGUUGGGCCUGGGGAUCCACGGGGAGGCUGGGGUGCAGAGGAUAAAGAUGGCGACGGCGGAUGAGGUCGUGAAGACGGUGAUCGAUCACAUGAGCAGCCCCGCCAACGCUUCCCGUGUCCCAGUGGAGCCCGGCUCCUCUGUGGUGUUGGUGGUGAACAACCUGGGUGGCCUGUCCUACCUGGAGCUGGGCGUCGUGGCCGAUUCCGCCGUCCGCUGCCUGGAGGCCCGAGGGGUGAAGAUCGCCCGCGCCUUGGUGGGCACCUUCAUGUCAGCCCUGGAGAUGGCGGGGGUCUCCCUCACCCUCCUGCUGGUGGACGACCCCCUCCUGAAGCUGAUCGAUGCCGACACGACCGCGGCCGCCUGGCCCAACGUGGCCAAGGUCCCCGUGUCGGGACGCCAGCGGAGCAGGGCGGCCCCCACUGAGAGCCCCAGGGCCGAGGAGCCGGCCGCCUCGGAAGGCCCGGCCGGCCGGCAGGCAGCCAAAAUCCUGGAGCGGGUGUGUACCACCCUUCUGGACAUGGAGGAACAGCUGAACGCCCUGGACCGGGCCGCCGGCGAUGGGGACUGCGGGACCACCCACAGCAGAGCUGCCAGAGCGAUCCAAGAGUGGCUUCAGGAAGGGCCCGUCCCCUCCCGCCCUUCCCAACUGCUCUCCGGCUUGGCCCGGCUGCUGCUGGAGAAGAUGGGGGGCUCGUCGGGAGCCCUCUACGGCCUGUUCCUGACGGCGGCUGCGCGACCCCUGAAGGCCCGGGCUGACCUCCCGGCUUGGGCCACCGCCAUGGACGCCGGGCUGGACGCCAUGCAGCGGUACGGGAAAGCCGCUCCCGGGGACAGGACUAUGCUGGACUCCCUGUGGGCCGCAGGCCGGGAACUCCAAGCCUUAAAGAGCCCGGGGGCCGACUUGCUACAAGUGUUGGCCAAGGGAGUCGAGAGAGCCGAAGCCGCCGCGGACGCCACCAGACAUAUGGAAGCCGGAGCGGGCCGGGCCAGUUACGUCGGCUCCUCCCGCCUGGAUCAGCCGGAUCCGGGGGCAGUAGCAGCGGCAGCCAUCCUUAGAGCCAUUCUGGAGGCCUUACAGUGAAAUUCACCCAGCAGGACGCGUGUGGCUGGAAAAGACAAUGCUGAACCCACAGCCCCGGCCACAGUGGGCACCGAAAGAGGCUGUCCGUUGCGUAAUGUUGAAUGUUUACAGCACCUGGUGCUGUUGGCUUCUUUAUCACCUUGGCUUUCGUUCCUUGCCGAACUUUCCCUCCGAAAGAGCCUCUCCUUCUUGAUAAACCUUUGACCAAGUGCGUGAUCCUCUUCUUCCUCCUCCUCCUCCUCUUGUGUCCCUCUGCCCAUCACCCACCCAUCCUCCCCUCCCUCUCCGAAACCCAGGGCUUCUCACCAUUCCGGCUCACGGUCCCGGUGCUCCUCCUUUUCUAAGCACCAUUUGGACCUUCUAACUCCAUCUUGUUUUAUAAGAGUGCAGCACCCCUCUUCUCCCUCCUCCCCUCCCCUUGAAGGUAGCCAGGACUCUCCAGCCCACGUAGUAAUAAUAAUUAAUGCUGGCAUUUGUUAAGCGCUUACCAUGUGCAAAGCGCUGGGGGGGGAUACAAGG